AUGCACCAGAUUUACAGCUGCAGCGACGAAAAUUUAGAAGUUUUCACCACUGUGAUUUCAUCCAAAUCAUGUAGUCCUGCCCGAAGACGAGCCAAAAGUACGCACCACAUCCUAACAAAGAAUGUGGUAGCCGUAGCCGAUCGUCGGCCCUACAGGACAGAGAAGCUGCAGUCCCACCAGGGUGACCUCCUCCAGGUGCUGCACAGCGAAGACGAGGUGCGGGGCUCGGGCCGCCUGCAGAGCGGGCAGAGGGGACCCUGCCCCACCAAGGGCACUGCCCAGCACGUGGGAAAUACUGAACGAGAGUCAUCCAAGACCUGUAAUCACCUGUUGGAUGGAAAAUCUUUGCCCCCUUUAACGAAAGCGGUGACUGUCACAGACUCGCCCGCAGGCGAUGGCACUCCUUCAGACGACCACAGGCAGCGCUGGAGGAAGACAGCAGAGUACGACCUGACCCUGCCACCUGGAGCAGAAGCUUCCCUACCGCUGACGGGAAGCAACCUGUGCGGGACGCCCAGCCUCCUGAGGAAGAUAUGGAUGAAGCACAAGAAGAAGUCAGAGUACCUGGGGGCAACGAACAGUGCCUUUGAGGCAGACUGA